GUGCUAGAAAAAGUGGUCAUAUUUGAAAGAGUUCACAUAACACAUUUGAUCACAACACCACUCACAAGAAUUACAUACUACUCCUAUAUGUAACUCGCCUUUUGGAAAAGUGUCGUAAAAAUAUUUAUGGAGAGAGCUUGUUUCAUCAAUUACUCAGUAAAGCUGAGGGGUGCCACGCCACUUCUAAACCUCCUCGAAAGUCGAAACCAGCCACCGCCGGAGUGAAGGAAGGAAGGAAGGACGCUUCUACGGCGAGUCGGCGACCGAGCAUAGAAGGAAGAGCGCAGUACAUACUCGUGUGUCUUUCAACUCCGGCAGCUAAAAAUAGACGGGGCUAAAUUACGGGGACCUCCAUCAACAUCGCCGAGCCCUGGAAAACACACAAACACCAAGCAGCCAACAAUGGCUAUUUAUAACAUCUCCCCUUUCUCUCUCCUCCCCUCCUUAGUCCUCACCGCGCGCCGGCCGCCUCCCGCCCAUCGUCGUGCCAUUGCCAUUGCCAUUGCCGAGAAGACGAUCUUGCAACGAAGAAGCGCACGCGCGCGCAUGCAAGAACGUCAUCUCAUCACAUAGACUAGACGAGCAGCAGCAGCAGGAGAGGCCGCCGGUGGAAAUCGGAGGCUGCUUGACGAUCCCUGUUUAGACGGAAGAAGAAGAGACCGAUCGUGACCUGCAAAAGCUCUUUUUUGCGUUGGCCACCGCCGGAGUGCCGGUGGAUCGAUCGCAUGCGAGGAGGAUGCGAGUGCUGGAGGAGGACCUGUACCCGUCGACGCCGGGGAAGGUGAAGGUGGAGCGGCCGGGCGCGAUGAGCCGUCACCUGCACCGCUGCUUCGCGUCCACGGGGACCAUGUUCCUGUGGGCGCUCUUCCUGGUCGCCAUGACGGCCACCUACCUCAGCGUCCACUCCUUCGUCGACACCUCCUCCCGCUACUUCGCCGCGUCCUGGGGCGGCCUUCACUGGGAGCGCCAGAUCCGCGCGUCGGCGUCGCCGCGGCGGCCCCCCGGGUCCGCCGAGGGCGCCGGGCUGUCCGUGCUCGUCACGGGCGCCGCGGGCUUCGUCGGCACGCACUGCUCGCUGGCGCUCCGCAAGCGCGGCGACGGCGUGGUGGGCAUCGACAACUUCAACAACUACUACGACCCGUCCCUCAAGAAGGCCCGCCGCGCGCUGCUGGGCUCCCACGGCGUGUUCGUCGUGGAGGGCGACAUCAACGACGGCCGCCUCCUGGCCAAGCUCUUCGACGUCGUGCCCUUCACGCACGUGCUCCACCUGGCGGCGCAGGCCGGCGUGCGCUACGCCAUGGAGAACCCGGCGUCGUACGUGCACUCCAACAUCGCCGGCCUCGUCUCCCUCCUCGAGGCCUGCAAGGACGCCGACCCGCAGCCGGCCGUCGUGUGGGCGUCCUCCUCCUCCGUCUACGGCCUCAACGACCGCGUCCCUUUCUCGGAGGCGCACCGCACCGACAGGCCGGCGUCGCUCUACGCCGCCACCAAGAAGGCCGGCGAGGAGAUCACCCACACCUACAACCACAUCUACGGCCUCUCCGUCACCGGCCUCCGCUUCUUCACCGUGUACGGGCCGUGGGGACGCCCCGACAUGGCCUACUUCUCCUUCACACGCAACAUCCUCCAGGGGAAGCCCAUCACGGUGUACAGGGGCAGAGACCACGUCGCCCUCGCCAGGGACUUCACCUACAUCGACGACAUCGUGCGCGGCUGCCUGGCGUCGCUGGACACGGCGGGGCGGAGCACCGGCACGGGCGGCAAGAAGCGGGGGCCGGCGCAGUACCGGAUCUUCAACCUCGGGAACACGUCGCCGGUCACGGUGCCCACGCUGGUGGCCAUCCUGGAGAGGUACCUGAGGGUGAAGGCCAAGAAGAACGUGGUGGAGAUGCCCGGCAAUGGCGACGUGCCCUACACGCACGCCAACAUCAGCCUGGCACGGGAGGAGCUCGGGUACAAGCCGACGACGAGCCUGGAGAUGGGGUUGAAGAAGUUCGUCAGGUGGUACCUCUCCUACUACGGAUACAACAGGGGAACACAUACCUUCAGGAACUCAUGAUGAUCAGUAUGUGAUUAGUAAAUGUCGCUUUGUCGCGCCUUCCACUCUUUCUCUGAUCACAGAUGGGAAAAUUUUUUUGUGUGCUUUAGACAAGUCGGGGACGGAAAUGCGAGGAAGAAUAGAAUUCUGUUGUAGUUGGGUGAGGAGAGGAGGGAAUGGCGACAGAGCGAUGAAAUGGAGGGGGUGAUGUGAUCCCCCUUCAUUCUGUAUUUUCUUCUGUAAAUUGUAUCAAUCAUUAUAGAGUUAUCCUUUCUUUCUCAAAA